AAACUGAACUUGUGGCUCGAGUGCAUUUACCUCCAUUCUCAUACACUUCCUUAAAUUGCUCUCUUUAACUCCCCAUCAACCCUCUCUCUCUCUCUCUCAAAGCUUUAUUAAACUUUGAGAGAGACUCUAAUUAGUCAUUCCACUAUCCAUGGCAGCCGCCAGAAUUUCCUUCACUUCAACCUCAAGAACCAUUUAUUUCCGCCAUAGCCCAUUUCUUGGCCCAAAACCCACCUCAAUCUCACCAAUCUCUCCAUUUUCUCCUAAUUUGGGCGCAAUUCUGAAGUCUAAAAGAAAACCCAGUUUCACUGUUUGCUUCGUCCUUGAAGAUGAAAAGUUGAAACCCCAAUUUGAAAGUGGGGCUGAAGAGAUUGAGAAGAAGAUUGAAGAGCAGAUCUCAGCGACGCAUUUGGCGGAGAAAUUGGCGAGGAAGAAAUCGGAGAGGUUUACUUAUCUUGUGGCUGCGGUUAUGUCUAGUUUUGGCAUUACUUCUAUGGCUGUUAUGGCAGUUUAUUACAGAUUUUAUUGGCAAAUGGAGGGUGGACAAGUUCCUUUAUCCGAAAUGUUUGGUACAUUUGCUCUCUCCGUUGGUGCUGCUGUAGGAAUGGAGUUUUGGGCAAGGUGGGCUCAUAGAGCGUUGUGGCAUGCUUCUCUGUGGCACAUGCACGAGUCACACCACAAACCAAGAGAAGGACCUUUCGAGCUAAAUGAUGUUUUCGCCAUAAUCAACGCCAUUCCAGCAAUAGCCCUCCUCAACUAUGGUUUCUUCCACAAAGGCCUCAUUCCCGGCCUCUGCUUUGGUGCUGGGCUAGGGAUCACAGUAUUUGGGAUGGCAUACAUGUUCGUUCACGAUGGUUUAGUUCACAAGAGAUUCCCCGUUGGACCUGUAGCCGAUGUGCCUUAUUUUAGGAAGGUGGCUGCAGCUCAUUCGCUCCAUCACUCAGAGAAGUUCAGGGGUGUCCCAUAUGGCUUGUUCUUAGGACCUAAGGAACUGGAAGACGUAGGAGGACUUGAAGAGUUGGAAAAGGAAGUGAAUCGAAGGAUAAAACUUUCAAAGGGAUCAUGAAUGAUUGGUCAUUGUUGAUAAUACUCUUAUCACGUAUGCCUUCGUGGGGGAAUUUUUUGAUGUAUUUGAGAGUACAGAGAAAAUGUAGCUCUAUUAAUGAAUGAAUUUGUAUUUAUUUAGGCUCUUAUUCAGUAAGAGAAGAAAAAAAAAUAGAUGUAUAUUAGAAGCUACAAAACCAGCAAUGUCUGUCUCUCUGUCUCUCCCCGUCUAUUUUGUUGCCAAGUCUCAAGGCUAAAAAGGAGAAAAAAUUGAAUGUC